AGCCCCCCCCCCCGCCCGGCCCCCCCGCCCGCUCCCGCAGGAUGUACCGCAGGGAGCGGAGCGUCCCGCUGAAGAGCAGCAGCUCGGCGCUGUACAACAACCUGAGCGUGCUGCCCCUGCGCGACAAGCCGCUCACCUACUUCGCCGCCGUGCACGGCAGCGCCGUCAGCCUGGCCAGCGCCGCGGCCGACGGGCUCAGCGUCUCCCACCGCCAGCUGCAGGCCACGGAGGGCGGCCUGGCCGCCAGCGCCUCCAUCGUCACCCAGGCCUCCUGGUGUGUCCUGCCCUCUCGAGUUCUCCUGGUCCUGACCUCUCAGAAAGGCAUCCAGAUGUAUGAGUCAGAUGGCUCCAUCAUGGUUUACUGGCAUGCCCUGGAUGUCUUGGAACCACCGCCAGCCCAGGCAGUGUUUGCUCGAGGGAUUGCUGCAGCCAGUGGGCGCUUCAUCUGUGUGGGGACUUCAUCGGGACUGGUGCUGGUGUUUGACAUCCCCAGCAAGGGAACAAACAUCACACUGAGCGAAGUUCUGGAGGAGCAUCGCGACUCCAUCACUGACAUCGCCUCGGAGGUCGGGGAGAACCUGGGUGGGGCUGCUGACCUGGUGACUGCGGAUGACUCCGGGGCUCUGUGUGUCUGGAGGUCCAAGGAGGAGUUCUCCCUGCUCACCAAAAUCUCUGCCUUUGGGUGGACCUGCUCCUCGGUGAAGCUGUGGAACGGGGUCAUUGCUGCUGGCUAUGGGAAUGGACAGAUCCGGCUGUACGAGGCCUCGAGCGGGGCCCUUCGUGCCACAGUCAGCGCCCAUGCUCGCUGGAUCUAUGCCCUGGACCUGGCACCCCUGACGGGGAAGCUGCUGUCGGGUGCCGAGGAUUCCUAUGUCCAGAUCUGGAAACUCAGCCGGAGCCCAGACACCGGGGACAUUGAGAUCGAGCACUGCCACUCGGAGUGCGUGCCUGACACCCAGCUCUGCGGCGCCCGCUUCUGUGACCCCGAGGGAAACUCCUUCGCUGCGACCGGCUACGACCUCAGCGAGAUCGUCCGCUAUGGCCAGGUCUAGGCUGCCCCGCCGCAGGGGGGCUUUGAGCGCCGGGCAGGUGGUUCCCAUGAGGGGGGCAGGGAGGUACCUGCAGGCACUGUGCUGCUGCAGCAUGUUCCAGCCCCCCCCGCUAAUGGGGCACUGCAGCUGUGACUCCGGGCCUCUGUGCAGAGACCCCAGGCUCCUGUUUACAGGGGCUGGGGCAGCAGCAUGUGGCUGAGGAUGCCCCCACCUGGGUGGAGAGCAGACAUAGUGGGGGGAGCUGAAUCGUCCAGAGCUGGGUGGGAACCCCCUCUGCUCUGGGGGAGAUCCGCCAUUGACAUGGGGGGACAUGCACAAAGAACAGGGGGUGGCGCUGCAGUGACUAAAUGGAGCCCAGAUCUCUUCAAACUUCAGAGUCUCUUUGGCCAGACAACUGCUCACCCCCCCUGGCUGCUCAUUGCCCCCCCCCGCCCCCAUGUCCAUGCUGUUUCUUCCCUAGGGGCAGGCAGCUGCUGUCACCUGCCUGUGGCUGCUCUGUCAUGCUGCGCCCCUUGCCCAAGGCCCCUGCAGGCUGUGAUCCCCUCUGCUCCUGUAUGGAGACCAGAGCCUGGCGAAGUGCAGAGCUGGGCCUCCCCCCAGGCAGGCCCUGAUUUGUGGGGUAGGGGUACAGUAGCUGAGGAGGUGUCAUCCUUCAUUCUGAGGCAGGGGCAAAUGAAUCCCUGGUCCUGUGGGGCCCACCCAGCUCCUUUCCUCCUCUGAACUCGGGCUGCAGAGAGCUCUUGCUGAGGCACAGACCCAGGGCCUCUGCACAGCAGCUGGGUCUGUGCCCUAGGACGCCCGGGGCAGUCUCACCACUCUGCUCUCCAGGUCACUGUAGCAUCCCCGGGGCCAUAAUCUCACUUCAGUCUCGGCACAGCUCCAUGUCUGUGUCAAAGUCCCUGAUGCUACUGGGGCAUUGCACAGCUUCUGAGCAGGCCCCAAGCUCGGAGCAGUCGGCACUGAAUGUGGCUGGCAGCAUGAGAGGCAGCAUGUCCGAGAACACACAGCACUUGACUGGGACUCAGGAGACCUGGGUCUGUUCCUGGCUCUGCUGCAUGACCUUGGGCAAGAUGGUGCUCUGUGCCUCAGUUUCCCCAUUUGUAAAAUGGGGACAACCACGCUACCUUCCUGUGUCAAGCAUGGUGAGACCUACAGCUGGAAAGUGCUAGAUCAGAGCUAAUACCAUUAGCUGAACAGAUGUGGUUUUCAUAGAAUCUCAGGGUUGGAAGGGACCUCAGGAGGUCAGCUAGUCCAACCCCCUGCUCAAAGCAGGACCAAUCCCCCAUAGUUGCCCCAGAUCCCUAAAUGGCCCCCUCAAGGAUUGAACUCACAACCCUGGGUUUAGCAGGCCAAUGCUCAAACCACUGAGCUAUCCCUCCCCCCAACUGUGCCCUCAGCUGCCUAGAGGGGGUGCCAUCUCAGUAACCGCCCAGCUGGGGACAGGCAGGGCGCAUCUGUUGACUGCCCUGGACUGACAUGGGAUCAGCUGCUGCGCUCAGCUCCCACUGCAGCCUCCCCCAGGGCAAGGAAGCUGCAGGAGGCAGGCUCCCCCUAGGAGCCCCUCACGGGCUGGAUUGUCCCUGCAUGCACCCUGCCCCAGGCUUCGCUCUGGCUCUCAGCCCCAGAUACUGCCCCCUGAAGAGCUGCAGGGAGGAGACUGGAGCUGGUAUGGCCUGGCUGAGGGGAGGCAGGGGCUAUAUGUAGCCCCUCUCCAAGGGGGUGGUGAUAUGCCCCUUUGGGCACAGGCUACAGCCCCUGCUGCCCCAGCCUGCAGCCCCUGCUGCCCCAGCCUGCCAGGAAGGCUCUCAGGUGACAGAGUGUUUGAGGCUGUGUGUAGAAAUACUUGUCAAUAAGGGCAGGGGCCCCUCCUGCGGGGCAGUUUGUCUCAGAAAACCAGGGAAGCCGGCAAGCAGCACAGAGGCCCCUGGCUGGCCCGAGAGGCCGGCAUUCUCCUGCAGUCGGGAAAAGUGCAUGAUAUUUCCCUUCCUCCGCUGCUCAUGGGCCGCGCCGGCCCUGCAGCUGGACACACGGUGGGGCCCUCGGCCUGCCGCUAGCCUUUGGGGUCCUUGACUGUAGUACCAAUAGACCUAAUUAGGUACAGUGCUGAAAUAGGGGGUUAACCCCGCUGUCUGGGCUAAGUCCUAGCUCUGAUUACUCCUGUUCAGCGCCCCAUAGCCCCUGUAGUGUGUUAAACGCAGCAUGCUUUGACCGUGUAGCGUUUGUGUGUGUGUGCUGUUAAACAGCUGCCAGUGCUCACCCCAGAGGUGGCUGCAUUUCACCAGUGGGUGCAUGUAGAAUGCUGGAGGAGAAGUGAAACUUGCUGUCUCUCCUCCAACCUAGCCCUGCUGGCAUGAGGCUUUGAAACCCUCACCCCUCCCGAAACUGCCCCUGGGCCCAUGCGUUGUCUGGGCCCUGGGCUCCAUCAUCCUUCUGCUGGGCUUGGCCCUGCAGCACAUGCAGGGGAGCUGGGGCAUAGGGCCCUUGACACAGGUUCACUCUGGAGCCCAGGGCGCGCGGCUGCUGCCAUAAAUCAGCUUGAACCCUC